UGUUAUUAGUAGCUAAUCGGUGCUCGAACGUGUCGGUUGCGUCUUGAGCAACCCGGACCAACGCACCUCUUUCAACCGGCGAGCGUCUGGAGGGUUCUCACUCUAUACCGCCCGUACGAAGAAGACCUUUACCGAUCGGUGUACGCGAGGACGAACUAUAGACGGUGUACCGGAAGCCGGAACAACUAUGAUCGGUUACGGUCGAGCCGUGUGGGGUACGGCGUGUGUACUGUUAGCCCUACACAUCGGAGGUUCUCACCAGCAGCAGCUACAGUGUACCACCCCGACGAGAUUGCGGGGACGAUGCAUCUCCAUCUACGAGUGUGACAGCAUACUGGACUACUUCAAGCAACGCAUUCUCAGCUGGGAGGAACGUGAAUUCCUGCGCAAGUCUCAAUGCACCGGGGCCACCAGUGGACGCCAGCCGUUUGUGUGCUGUCCCGGGAACGGUGCCCAACCAGUUGUACCGUCACCGGCCAGUCCUACCGAGCAGGCUGCUACUACCACCACGCAGGCACCGAGCAGCAAUGCUGUGCUCGAUCAGCUCGUCGGUGGCCUGCUGCCGAAUCCGAAAAAGAACGAAUGUGGCGUCAGCAUCGGCAUGAGAAUAUACGGAGGCGAAAAUGCCGACAUCGACGAGUUUCCCUGGUUGGCGUUGAUGCAGUACGAAAAUCGGAAAGGCGAGCGAAAAUUCAGCUGCGGUGGGUCACUGAUCAAUCAGCGGUAUGUGCUAACCGCUGCCCACUGUGUGGUCGGUGAGGUAGAACGCAAGGAAGGCACACUCGUUUCCGUGCGAUUGGGUGAAUACAACACCAACACCGAGAUCGAUUGCGUCACGGAGGAGCAGGAACAAAUCUGUGCCGAUCCACCAAUCGAUGUGGCAGUCGAAUCGAGCAUCGUUUACCCGGAGUAUGAGCAGAUGGCUCACGCACACGACAUCGCCCUGGUGCGGUUGGCAAGGUCGAUCCAGUUUACGGAUUUUGUGCAACCGGUUUGUCUGCCGCUGGCCGACUUCCGGUCGUCGAAAACGGGUGAAGUUAACUUCGUGACCGGGUUUGGCCGUACGCUCAAAGGAAGUCGUAGUGUAAUUAAGCAGAAGUUGGGCAUCAAGGUUUACGAUCACGAUCGUUGUCGGGAGAAGUACAUGACGAAGAACUCGGUAGUAACGUCCAACCAGAUCUGUGCUGGCGGUGAGUUUGCGAAAGACUCGUGUCACGGCGAUUCCGGUGGUCCGCUGAUGAAGCUUCAGAAGGUAUGGUACUUGGAGGGAAUCGUUUCCUAUGGUAACCGGUGUGGGCUGGAGGACUGGCCAGGAGUUUACACGCACGUUCCAGCGUACAUGGCUUGGGUGAGAGAUAACAUCAAGGCAUAAUGAAGGGUUUAUUCGAUAUUUGGUACUAAAGUAAUGAGAUCGUUAGCAUAAAAGGCAUUAUUAACAUAUUGGGGUUAUACUAAGGUAGGAGUAGGAAAAAACUUUUAGAAAUUGACUUAUAUCAUAACAUCCAGUGCAAGUCUAUGAAAGCAAGGCAAGAUGAUGACGCACCUCUGACGAAGCCAGUUUGAACGUUUUCCUAGUACGCUAUUCAUUCCACAGUAAUUGAUCAGAUAUGAUCUUUAAACGUAAUCGAAUAAAUUCAUCCCCUCCCAUUCAUUCGUGCACGGGCCAUUAAAUCAUUGCACAAUCAGUAGUAGGUCUACAGUUGAUAACUAUAAGUGAAAAGGUACCUUAAGUUGUGAAAGAUGUGCUGAUUUUUGUUUACCUUUUAGUAAACAUGACAAUAAAAAAAAUCGUAUGCAAUAUU